AUGACAACUCCUUCAACCACAACAAGAUCCACGAUCACUCCUUCAACCACAACAAGAUCCACGACCACUCCUUCAACUACAAAUCCACUCCUUCAACCACAACAAGAUCCACGACCACUCCUUCAACCACAACAAGAUCCACGACCACUCCUUCAACUACAAAUCCACGACCACUCCUUUAACUACAACAAGUUCCACAACAACUCCUUCAACCACAACACGAUCCACAACCACUCCUUCAACUACAACACGAUCUACGACAAAUGCUUCAACCACAACAAGAUCCACGACAACUCCUUCGACUACAACAUCAUCUACAACCACACGGUCUACGACAACUCCUUCAACUACAACGUCAUCUACAACUACACGAUCUACGACAUCGCUUUCAACGACAACAUCAUCUUCAACAACACGAUCUACGACAACUUCUUCAACCACAACAAGAUUCACGACCACUCCUUUAACCACUACAAGAUCCACGACCACGCCUUCAACUCCAACACGAUCUACGACAACUCAUUCAACCACCGCAAGAUCUACGAUAACUCCUUCAACCACAACUCCUUCAACUACAACAUCAUCUACAACUACACGAUCUACGACAACUCCUUCAACGACAACAUCAUCUUCAACAACUCCAUCAACGACAACAUCAUCUUCAACAACGCCUUCAACUACAACACGAUCCACGACAACUACAACAACUCCUACGACGACAACAUCGUCGUCGACGAAAUCUAUAACUACGACACCCUCUUCUACAACUUCAUCUACUUCCUUCUCAACUACAACAUCAUCUACGACAAAACAAUCGCCAGUGCCGCCAAUACCUUCGUGCAACUACAACGAUUAUUAUGUAUACGCCGAUAA